UUGAACCGCGCGGUGGAAGUUAGCCUUUUGACUUCGUAGGCCAGGCAGAGCCAGUCAAUGGGAAAUAAUUAUUAAGCUUAUACAGUCGAGUAGUUUCUAGUUGCCAUGCACCUAAGACGGACUAUAUAUUCUGUUUAUGGGUUACUGAAAAGGAUUUCUCGUGUGUGGUGGUGCUUAUUCGAUGGCUGCCAGCAGACGAAAAGUUUCUUGAAUCAUGAAUGUUGAAUGGCCGUGUUACAGGCAGAAUCAUGGCGAAGUUCGGUGUUUUAUCUUAAUUCGUAAGUUUAUACAGACAGCUGCCAGGGGGGAUAUGCCAUCUUUCUGAUGACUCUUGUCUGUAUUUUUAUAAAAGGUAAAGUACACAAGCUGACCAAAGGUGCAGUGGGACAAAAUUAAGCAUGGCGACUUACUUCACCAACUUUAGCAAUGGAUAUGUGCUUGAGGUAGUACCAGCAGGUUUGUCACGUUGUGAAUCAUGGCUACUACUCCCAGCAGAGAACCUCUGGUCAAAGGAACUUCGUGGAUUUCUCUACAUUGUGGCCAUGAUAUAUUUCUUCAUGGGCAUUGCUAUAUCCUCAGAUGCUUUCAUGUGCAGUAUUGAGGUUAUCACCAGCAAGAAGAGGACCAUUGUGCGUUGGGAUGAGGAGAAACAGGAGAAAGUAGAGAGAGAAAUUCUUAUAUGGAAUGAAACGGUUGCAAAUUUAACGUUGAUGGCCCUUGGUAGCAGUGCACCCGAAAUUUUGUUGGCCACUAUUGAAGCUGCUCUCAGACUCGGUAGUGAAACUACUGAAGACUCAUUAGGAACAUUCACAAUCAUUGGUAGUGCUGCAUUUAAUUUGUUAAUUAUUACAGCAAUAUGUAUAGUGAGUGUUCCUACACCAAAUGUGAAAAGCAUAAAAGAACUGGGUGUUUUCGUCUUGACAUCAAUCUGGUCCAUCUGGGCAUAUGUGUGGAUGUUACUGGUGGUAGCCUAUAUAUCUCCAAAUGUGGUGGACCCAUGGGAAGCCUGGCUGACAUUGUGUUUCUUCCCCAUGUUUGUCCUCAUGGCCUAUUGUCAAGACAGUGGCUGGUGGUGCAAGAAGAAGAGGGUGGAGGGCAUUGAAAGUGGAGAGGAAGAUGAUGAUGAAAUGAAUGUUCGAGUGGUGAUGAGUAACCAGCAGAGCUCUUUGACAGGCCAUGUGCCUAAGGAACUGCAUGUACUAGAAGCACAGAAGGCACACCGAAUGAGUGUUGUCAGCAUAAAUUCAAUGUCUAAAGGGAGGAGAGUAUCUCAAAUUGAAGAUGCCAGGCGAAUGUCACGAGCUACGAUUAAUGGCGAUAAGACUACAAUCCUCCCUCCAAUAAGGGGAUGUGGUGUGUCAGGCUCCCUGAAUGAUCUGCAGGAGUCCACGAGAUGGGAGGCAGCUAAUCGUACUAGUGUCCGCCCUGAGUGGCUUUCGGACACAGAGAGUGGUUCGGGCUCUGGCCUUACUUACUCCCUGGAUGACCUACAAGAUAUGUCUCAUUGGGAGGCAGCAAGUCGUGCAGGGGUACGGCCGGAGUGGCCUUCUGAUACCGAGUCCAGGCAUUCCAGUGACAACAGGGAUGAUGAACGCCCUCCAUCCAGGGAGAAGAUGAUUGUUCGCAAGUCCUCACGGGAACCUCAAGCCUUUGCACGUGCUCGAUUCAGAAAGUGUGAAACAUGUUUCGACAUUGAGGAACGACAGCCUCUUACUGGGCUCGAGAGAUUCCGCCAUGCUGCCGUAAGUGCUAUGAUGGGUGGGAGGAAGAUGCGACCUAUAGCAGCUCCACGCCACCCUAAACUGGCAGAUGUUGUGACGAAAGUUAAAACACUGAAUGAUGCGGUCAAACAAGGCAAGGCCCCAGAAGGAGAGCUAGCAGGGAAGUUCACAUUUGCAUCAGACAGAUACGCUGUCCUGGAGAGUGCCGGCAAUCUGGAGAUUGAUGUUUUGUUUCACAGGCAGAUCCCAGAUAGCAGCCCAAGGGGUCCUGUUGACAUUGUUAAUCAAGACAAGGUUGUUUUCAAGAAUGGUAGUGCAACAAGCCAGGGCGUGCCUUCAUCAAAGGACACAGAGUCUUCCAUUCACAUUGGAGUUGUGUCGGUUGACUAUGAAACCAGAGAGGGAUCAGCAAAGCCAGGCAAAGACUUCACGUACACUCAAGGAAAACUGACUUUCAAAGAAAAUGAAUACCGGAAGACAUUUUCUAUCCCAAUAGUGAAUGACAACCAGUAUGAAGCUGAUGUUGAUUUCUAUUUAAUACUGAAGAACCCUCAAGGUCAGAGUGGACUGGGUGAUCCAAGUGUGGCCAGGGUCACAAUUGUAGAUGAUGAUGAACCAGGAGAGUUCCUGUUUGAGGACGCCCAUUACCAUGCGGAUCUGAAGGAUGGCAAGGUGACUGCUAGGGUCCUCCGGGAACAUGGCUGUGAUGGGAAAGUCAAACUGGAGUACUCCACGAUAGACGGCACAGGCACGGGAGGCAAGAUUCUAGGACCAGGUGUUGACUACAUCACUUCAAGUGGCACUGUCGAGUUUAGCCAUGCAGACACGUCCAAGACAAUUUCAGUUGAUGUUAACAAGGACACGAAGCAUGCUAUCAACUUCAUCAUCGCUCUGCGGAACCCCAGUCUGGGUGCACGCAUUGGCAUGCGCAGUGCAACAGUGUGCCACAUCAAUAAGGAUGAUGAGCUGGUGGAGAGGAUAGCGGAUGUCAUGGAGGAUGAAUAUGAGGAGCCACAAACCUGGGGAGGACAGUUUAGAAAUGCCAUGACUGUGGGAGGAAGCACAGAUGAUGAUGGCAAUGAUGUACCUCCCAAAUGGUUUGACUACUUCAUGCAUUUCUUCACAUUUUUUUGGAAAAUCUUCUGUGCACUAAUUCCACCAACGUCUUAUCUUGGAGCCUGGCCUGCAUUUGUGAUUUCCCUGCUUUUCAUUGCUGGUAUGACAGCUGUGGUGGAACAGCUGGGCCAUCUGCUGGGAUGUGUGGUUGGAUUGGAGACAAGUGUGACUGGCAUCACAAUUAUAGCACUUGGGACCAGUGUGCCAGAUACAUUUGCUAGUCGAACAGCAGCCAAGCAAGAUGAGCACGCUGACGCCGCCAUAGGCAAUGUUACGGGCAGUAACAGUGUCAACGUGUUCCUGGGUCUUGGGCUUCCGUGGGUACUCAGCACCAUGUAUGCAUUGUACCAUCAGAAAUCAUAUCACGUGAAAAGCACCAACCUUACUCAGAGCGUCAUCAUCUUUGGAGUAUGUGGCACAAUUUGUAUACUACUGCUACUACUCCGGAGAAAGUUGUUUGGUGGAGAACUGGGUGGCCGCACUUCUGGAGUCAAGUGGAUGACAAGUAUUUUUCUAUUAAUCCUGUGGAUUGGAUACAUCAUACUGUCAAGCCUGCAGGCAUACAAUAAAAUCAAUCUACAGUUCUAGAAUGUUUGAUGAAGAACUACACCCUGGGGCAGCAUUACACACAAGAUACACACCCCAUCUGUCACACAUGGAUUACUUAUUAAAACGUUGUUGUUGUCCAAGAUUUCCUUGAGUGCAUUGCCACUGAACUCAAGCUUAAAACCUUACUAUUGAAGUGUGUCUUUCAUGUAGUGGAGGGUAGACAUUCCAUAAAUAAUAUUUUCCUCUCUGAUGGCUGAUGUAAUUGGCAGAGCUAUGAGUGGAUGUAUGCAUGUGUGAUAAGCAGAUUAAUUCUUAUUAUAUGGCAACAGACCCACCCAGGGAGAUUGUAUUGUUUCACAAGCUAUCUAUUGUUGUUGUUAAUGACUAGGACAGCUUUGACAUUGAGAUGAAGUGAAGGCGCACUGUGCAUUCGUGCAGCAGAUGCUACAGAAUAGUCACCAUCCCUGUUUGUAAACAGUGUGUAUGUGGAUAGGUGUACUGCAUCAUAGGUAUGCCAACACCAGGGUGUUUCAGUCAGUCCUAUAUAUGCUAGAGGUUGGUAACUAUUCACCUCUCUUGCCAGUUUAAAGUAUUUGGUUAAUGUUGGCGUUUGUCGUAUUCAUUGUAAGUUGUAAUUUGAUUUGUAUUGUACAGUGUUUCUUGUUUUGAUGAGAUUAUGUGAUUUAGGGAUUUAAAUCUACAGGUAUAAAGAGUAAAUCAGCUUAGUAUACAUGGACCAGAGAGUAUUUUGUCAUGUAUAUAGGCGUCCCCCCCCCCCCCCCACACACACACACACACACACACACACACCUGUCAUCACGAUCAUGUAGAGAGUAUUCAUUAAUUAUCUGUACAUUGAUACCAGGUAUACAGGCAUUGAUAUUGGAUAUUGUAUAGAACUAAGUUAAUCUUGCUGACAUUGGUGAACUUUUUUUAUAUAUAUAUGUGUAAAUAUUUAUUUUCUAUUCCUAUUUUGCCAAAGACAUACUUGGUAUGAAUUUUGAAUAUAAAAGCGUUAAUUCAUUUUUCAUUGUUUCCAUGAUCUCAUUAAUGUGGCAUGCCAUAUUUGUAAAAAUUUACAUUUGAAGUUUGUAGUAUCUUUUGAGUUCAAACCUAAACAAAUUGUGAAACUUUAUUUCGUUAGUUACUAUACAAGAAGGUUCUUUUCAGUGACAGGCACUACAAGUUUCACAGUGCAAACAGAGAGCAUGCUUUUUCUCUAAAUUCAAUUGAGUAGCUUGGAGAUGAAAGCAGAUUUUUCUAUUUAUGUUUGUAUUCAUAACUCAUUUCACCAUCCCCUUUGGUUACUGGCGAAUGAACAUUUCAUACCAAUCAGCACUGCGUCUAAUUUGUCUAUGUCAUGUGAUAUCCUGGUGUGAUUUUUUUUUUAUCUAAUCCUUCCAUCCCCCUGACUUGGCAGUCAUCCCCCAAAUCCUCUCCCAGGUUGUCACUCUGUGAAGUAUAACCCACCACCAUGCCCCUGGUACAGACAAGGUGUCUGGCACGGUCCAGCAGACCGGUGCCUCAGUCCAAGCAUUAUCAAUCUGUGAUAACUACAUUACCUGUUGAGUGUAUACACCCAUUAUGUCCUAGGUUGUGUUCAGGUUUGUGUACUUCAUUUGCUGACUUCAUUUCUCAGUAGUGUAACACGUACAGCUGUCAUCAUCCACCACAGUUUUUUCCAGGAUUUCAGACAAAGUGCCUGUGGCAGGCAAUUUGAGAAAGGGUGUCUUUUUGACCAAUAUUUGGAGUGUUUGAAAAGUUAUAACUUUCUUAUAUUCAGAGGUAUUUUAACAUUGCGUUCAGAGCAAUAACGUAAAAGUAUAAAGCAUGAAAGCCUUUCAUUGACAACAGAAGUAUUUUAUUACUUUUUUUAUUAAUAGAAGUCAUGCUUAGUCAUUCAGAAAACCUGAAUUUGGAAUUCAGAUUUUGGAUUUUUUACAGACUAUAAUCGUCUUCCAAGAUGUAUCAAACAUUAAGGUCUAAAAUGUCAUACAUGUACUAGAUAAAUCCAGUAUGAACAGUUUCAUUGUUAAUAAAACAAAUCUCUGCUACUGUCAACUGUGUAGCUUUGACUACAGGGUGUGAGGAAAGUACAUUUUCACCAUUACUGCUUCAUUUGUAUUUUUAGUAAAAUUUUGAUUUUUGUUUUUUUGUCACAGUGCCAAUGUUAGCCAGUAUUUUGCAUGCUUGUGCAUCACUGCAAUGUAUUUAUUCUGUUUGAAAUACUCAAGUUGGCAUAGAUAGCGGAGUUUGUUCUUUUCUGUAUUGUACAGCAUGUCUUAUUUGUUACUUACUACACACAAGAGUAUAAGAGUAUUUAGUAGUUUCUGCAUAGUUGGAUGGUAUUGUGUAUGCUUUUUGGGGUGUAAAAUACCUGACAAGCUAAGUCUGUAGAACAUGUUUUGAUAUUUCAUAUUGCUGGAGGAAUAGUUAAGCACCUGAAGAAGUGAUUCAAUCUGAUGCUUAGGUAAUAUUUGUUUUGAUCUUGUAAGGGCAAUGUUCCUUAGAAUUGACAUUCAGGUGUUUUUUUGUAUGUAUGUAUGUAUAUAUAAGAUAUUUUGUGACAGUCUUAUGAUUACAACUGAUAGUCUACUUUUUGUCACAUAGAAUACAUUACUUUAGUUACAGACUUAGGCCAGUGUUUGUCUGUUACUUGGGUCUGAUGGACCAUGAAGUUGGAGGACAACUUCAAACAGUGUUGUACAAGAGGCUUGAGACCAGCAGUGAAUACAUUAACUGUUGUUUUCCUUUCUGCACAUUUUAAGAAUUAGUCUAAGCAAAUAUGUGAUCCAAGUAAUAGACAAGUUGAAGUUGGCCUUAAAGAGACUAGACAUAUGCAAGUUUCUCAAUUUUUAAGAUAAAUGAGAUUAUAGUCAUGCUCUAUUGUUUCCGAUUCCACAGAUUCUUGAUGACUUGUUUGUAAGGAUAACUUACGAAGUAGAAAUAUGAGUAGGGGGAGACUUAACGUCUGUGCAACAAAACACACUGAAUACUUUGAUUACCAUAGAAACAUCUUGUGACCUAGCCAAUGCCAAAUAGUCAAGGACUGGUAUAGUCAUCAGCAGACAAAGGCUAUGAAAAGGUGUUCUAUAAUAUAUAAAGAAUAGAUGUCUUUGGUUCCUAUGAAAUGUCUGUAAUGUAGGAUUUACUACUUUAGUCAGAAUUGAUUUUGUGCUUUGUUUGCCACCUGACCUUUAAGGGAAGCUCCCCCUCUUAUACAGUCGGUGUCAAUCUGUAGACAGACUGACACUUUGUACCAUCCAGUGUACAUAUUGUUGACUGUUAUCAUCUUCAUUAACGGAUUACUACCUGUAAAUAAUGUGUGCUAUUUUCUUACUCUAGAGAUGGUCUUCUAUCAUUCCUAGCUCGAAGUUGAUCUUACUUGUGGAGAAGACAACUUAACUUUCACUGAGCAAUAAGAUGUGAAGACAUUUGUUUCGUUAAAAGAUACACUGUUUUGACUAUUUUCAAAAAACUGCUCAACCUUUGAAUAACUGUUAAAUAACUGUUUGAAUAAAUGAUAAAUGUAAGAUCCUGAUUUUAAGCUCACCUAGAGUCCUUUUAGCAAGAAAUUUACCAUUUACCAUUAUGCUUGCACUGAUGUGUACAUCUGCUUGACUACUUUUGGAAGAAUACCGGUACUUGUCCUGGUUAUAUGUAUUUACAAUACAUGUUUGUUUUACCUUUUUUUACUUUGAUCAUGCCUGUAUUUCAUAUGUUUUAUUUUAUCUGUAACAAUACUAUACCAAGGAAGCUUUCCCAUUUCCGAUGUAUGUAAAACAAUAUUUGGUGACCACAACGUCACCUGUAGAAGAAGGGUUUUGUUCUGAUUCAGGUGUCUAUGAUUUGUUCAGAUGAGCUACCUGAUGAUUUACAUUCAAUUUGCAGCUCUGUCAUUUCAAUGAAGAAAUCUGUGAGUGGUGUUACUCAAAGGUUGAGCAAACCUGUCCAUGAAUGUUUGGUCAAACCAAAAUGCACCAGCCUUCACAUUAUCUCCCUCAUUUGUCCAUACAUCCCAACAUACAUCUUUAUUCCAACUGUGGGACAUUCAGCCUCUUGAAAAAUAAUUUCAUAUGACUUUGAAAUAUAAUGUCCUGCCAGUAAGUUGUAACAUCUUAAAUUAUUACAGUAAUGGUAGAGAGGCUAGGUGAACAUGGGUGAAUGACCAGCCAAUCAUGAACUCUAAGGACUUGCAGUUUGGCUGCCUUUAUGGCAGAAUCUCAGUUCCCUGUUCUCUUGUUAAUUACAGUUGUGCCACACAUUCUCAAAUGGGAAAUAAAGUUUGAAGUUUUACCAAA